ACAUUUAUGGCUGGUCAAAAGAAGAGGAAACCUUGCAAAAGUCAAUCAAGUGAGAAAUUAAAUGCAGUAGAGCCCCAGCCUACAAACCCUCACACAGGAAAAUUACUAGAAGCGCUUAGUGAAAGGAGGAGGUCACUUCGCAAGAAGUUGAAACUUGGAGAAGAACCUUCAACUGAACAUGGGGAGAUAAACCCUGUUCAGGAUUUACUUAAAGAGGUUCCGCCUUGGAAAAAGAAAUCGCUACACAAGUAUGCAACCCCAAUGCAAGAAGUCAUGAAUUCAUCCUCGCAUGUUCCUAGCAGGUCAUUUUCUGGAACAAUACCAAGAGAUGACUCUCCCAUAAUUGAGACAAAUGCAGCCCCUCAAAAAUCACUAGGGAAAAGAAAUGCAGUAACAGGUUAUCCCCCAACUAACAAGACGAGGUCUCAUCGAUGUUCCUUUGAUGUCAACAUUAUUCCUGAAGCUUCUUUUCCUCCCAAACAUAAUUUAGGUUUGCAUGCAUCUACAAAAGCUCCAAGAAUAGUAGAAAGGGAGGUGUCCUCAGAAGUGAAUUCUUCUUCAAAAAAGAGAUCAAGUACUGCAACAACAUCCAGAAAAUCACCUGACCAAGCUCGUGUGAACCUAAUAAGAGAAAGGCAUGACUCACCUGCUGAUCUUACGUGGGAAUCACUUCUUUUACAGACCCUAAAAGAACGAUGUCGGGAAAGUGAUGAGCCUAGAGCUGAAGACAACUUGAUGCUUCAGUUACGCUCCCUAAGAGAACAAUAUCCCGAGGAUAAUGAGCCAGUAGCUGAAGAUAAUUUGUCACUUCUUUUACAGUCUCUUAGAGAACAAUAUCCUGAGCAUGACGAGCCAAUAGAACACUGUCCCAAGGAUGAUGAGCCAAUAGAACAAUGUCCUGAGCCAAUUGAACAGUGUCCUGUUGAUGAUGGGCAAAUAGAACAAUGUCUUGAGCAUGAUGAACAAUCUCUAGAGGAUGAUGAGCCAAUAGAUGACUCGGAAGAAGGUGAGAAAGAACCUCAAGUUACAACACCAGUCUCUAUAGAAGAAUCACAAGGACUUAUAGGAAAAAGAGGUCCUACAAAAUUAAAGGGCGUCGCUGAAGAAAGUGAUGGUCUGAUUGAAGUCAAAUUCAACACAAAAGGUCAGCCAAUUGGUCCUGGAUCAGUAAGUUUGUCUUCAUUCUUAGGACCACUUGUUAGGGAGAUUGUACCGGUAACUAUUGUUGAUUGGAGGAAGCUUACUGAGACGAUGAAGGGGAUAUUGUGGAAAGCUGUUCAGGCAAGAUACAAGGUUGAGGAAGAUUGGCAAAAGGCUUAUGUCUUUAAGGAGAUGGGUAAUCUUUGGAGAUCCUCAAAAUCAAGGUUGGUUAAUAAAAUAAGAGAAGUGCCAAACGAAGAAGAGAGACUCAAACUAAGACCCAAGAACAUAAAGUCUGAAGCUGAUUGGAAAGCUUUUGUGAGGGAAAAAACAAGUGCUGAAUUCAAGGCUAAAAGUGACAGAUUCAGAGAGAUGAGGAAGAAACUAGUCCCGCACACUUGUAGCCGCAAAGGAUAUGCUCGCCUGGUUGAUGAAAUGAGUAAAGCUAGUACAAGCAAGGCUCCACCUUCUAGAGAUGCUGUUUGGGCGAAAGCACAUAUAAAGAAAAACGGUGAACUUAUAACUGCAGCUGCUGGUGAAACCGUUGGGAAUACGGAAGAACAGCAGGAGACGACGCCCUUGUCUUCUAUUACAAAUGUGAAAAAGAGUGUUCUUUCAAAAGUCCUUGGUCCUGAUACUAUUGACCGAUCAAGAGCCUUCGUAAGUUCAGAACAAGAUGAUCGCAUUGCUCGAUUGGAAGAUGAAUGUAAAGAAUUGAAGGAGAAAAUGACAUAUAUGCAGUCCUUAUUAGAGGCUUUACUGAAAAAUCAGGAUAUGUCUUUCCUAAAUCAGGAGCAACUAAAUGCACUUCUCCCUUCCAGGAACAAGUGCAAGAUAAUGGAUUGGACUGGGUCUGGGGAGAUUGUUGCUGAAGGGCGUAGGUCUUCAACUGAUCCAAAAGCUUUGGUUCAUAAUAUUCCUCUUGGACCAAAUGCCAUGAGAGUUUGGGUAGAUGUUGUGAAAAAACCCGACGCAUUUUUGUGGAGACCUACUUCGGAGAUGACUUCUAUUGAAGAAGCUGUCGGUUGUACAAUUGCCUGGCCUGCUGAUAAAGUUAUUAUGACGAAAUGAAGAACUCAGAGAAAGAUUUGGAAUUGUUGAUGGAAGACGCAUGAAUGCUCGGUAGAAGGCUGUUUGCCGGUUCAUACAUACGCCGGUAGAAGGCGUACGCGUACAUCCUUUGGGACUCCUUGAAAAAGUUCUCUUUUUUGUCCCUGUUAAGUUACUUUCUUGGGGUCUUUGGUUAAAUAGUAUGCUCUACCUUCUUGAUUUAUGCAAUGAAUGUAUCAAAUGUUGUUUAUUUUACUUGUGGAUGCAUAAUGCAAGCAAUGUAACACUUUUAGGAUUUGGUCUAGAUUGUGUAUUGCAGAAAAUGACACUAGUUAUGGGCACGGCUUGUGCGAAUAUAUUACUGUUGAAACGACCUCUAAAUAACGGGUGAUUUACA